GGCCAGCUAGAGCGCGCGCGCUCCCGAGACAGCGAGGCUCGUCGGCGGAGGAAGCGAAGGCGGAGCGUCUGCCAGGGGGCCCCAUGCGCCGUGUCAUGGAGGCUCAGUCUGCGAGCGGCCAUUGAAGGGAGCGGAGCGGAGUGUUUCGCAAGAGGAGGAGGGCUCGGGGGCGGCAGCGGCACCACGAACACCAGAGUUCCCGACGGGCCUUCGCGUCUCGCUUUCGGAGCCCCUGCUUUAUUGAUUUGGAGAGGGCUCCUCUUUCCACUUGGGUCCCUUUCCUCCGACCCGCUCGCCCGCCCACCUUUUAUUUUUGGGGUUCCUGCGCCCCUCCCUUUACUUUUGGAGAACGGCUUUUCCCAGCCGGGCGGCGAAGGUGCGGGAAAUGGAGAUGAGGAAGCGCAUUAACCUGGAGUUGAGGAACCGGACGCCCGAGAAGGUCACUGAGCUAGUACUCGACAACUCUCGAUCCAACAAUGGUGAAAUUGAAGGUCUGAAUGACACAUUCAAAGAACUAGAGUUCCUCAGCAUGGCCAACACAGAAUUGACGUCACUAGCAAAACUCCCCACUUUGAAUAAGCUGCGAAAGUUGGAACUGAGUGACAACUUAAUUUCUGGAGGCCUGGAGGUCCUUGCAGAGAGAUGUCCAAAUCUCACAUACUUAAAUCUGAGUGGCAACAAAAUCAAAGACCUCAGCACCGUGGAAUCCCUGAAAAAUCUUAAGAACCUGAAGAGUCUUGAUUUGUUUAACUGUGAAAUCACAAAACCAAAAGAUUACAGAGAAAGUGUCUUUGAGCUGCUUCAACAAAUCACGUAUUUAGACGGGUUUGAUCAGGACGAUAAUGAGGCUCCUGACUCAGAAGAUGAAGAGGAUGAAGAUGGGGAUGAAGAGGAGGAUGAAGAAGAUGAAGACAAAGCCGGUCCUCCAGGAGAAUAUGAAGAGAAUGAUGAGGAAGACGAGGAAGGUUCAGACUUGGGGGAGGGUGAAGGUGAAGAAGAGGAGGAAGAAGAAGUGGGUCUUUCAUAUUUGAUGAAAGAUGAAAUUCAGGAUGAAGAGGAUGAUGAUGAUUAUGUAGAAGAGAGAGACAAUGAGGAAGAGGAAGGUGAAGGUGUCCGAGGGGAGAAGAGAAAACGUGCAGCUGAAGAUGAAGGAGAUGAAGACGAUGAUUAAGUUGUAGGAAAACAGAAAUAGGACCAUGUUCAUUUUUGUUGCAGGAUACACACUAGUGAUAUGCAGCCUUGUAUGUCUCCGUGUAUCAUAGAUAUCCCUACAGAAGAUAUUAAUGUGUUAACUUUUUAUAGGAAGUGUGUUUUUACUAU